UGGAGGCACAACGAACAAUUCAUUUUCAAUUUAACGGGCUUCCAUGGCAAGCCGCAACAAGGAGGCGGCCGACUUGGAGGAGCGCGUGUCGUACAUCCAAUCGAACACGGCCAAAGAUGAUGAUGGGUACGUCGAAGCGAAAUCACCCAAGGGCCUGGAAGAGGGGGCGCUGGCUGAAGGGGGUGCGCUAAACUUGUUCUCCCGCGAAGCGUUUGCCCUGUUCAUACAGUACGGCGCCAUCGGGAUCAUCUACAGCUUAAUCCCCGCGCUCCGUUAUCCCAUCUUCAACAUCUACCUCAACUUGGAGGGUUACCAAACGUCGUCGUACUGGGUGUUGGUACGCAUCGGGUGGUCGUUCAAGGUCUUUUUUGGCCUGUUGUCGGAUUGUGUCCCCAUCUAUGGUUACCGUCGUAAGUCGUGGAUUUUGAUCGGGUGGACCAUCACGAUGAUCUGUCUUAGUGUGAUGGCGUUUACGCCGUUCGGCGAACCAUUUUGUAACCGCGAAAAGACCAAGCAUUGUGGUACGCCGUUGGAAGAGGUGCCAGAGCCCGAGCUGCAGUACUUCAACUUAUCCGCCCCCGACAACGGCACGUUGUUCAUCCUUCUGUCCAUGUUUAUAGCAUUUGGGUACGUCUUGGCUGCGAGUGCGUCGGACGCGAUGGUGGUCGAGUACGCCCAGCGAGAACCCAUUGCCCUCCGCGGCCGCAUCCAGACCGCUAUCUACACCGUGCGCACGCUCACUGGCAUCCUCGGUCACUUGGUGAGUGCGUUCGGGCUGAACGGCACCAACUACGGCGGGUCAUUUUCGUUUGCGUUGUCGCCGAAUGCUCCGUACGGCAUUGCCUUGGCGCCAUGUGUUCUGGUGGUGCUCUCGACAUUAUUUGUUCUUGUGGAGAAGAAGUCUGAAUCUGUGUCCUUCCCCCUAUGGUGGGGCAAGUUUUGGGAAUCUCUCCAGAGUCGCGUGAUGUGGCAAGUUUGUUUGUUCCGAUUCCUCAGCAACGUGUUCAAUGGCGUCAAAACCACUGCAACGUUACCCAUUCAGACGCACUGGGCGGGGGUCGAACCUCUCAACGAUGCGCUCUCGGACAUCUUUGGCAAUAUGGUGUUUGCCUCUGUUUUGGUGAUUGUGGCCAAAUGGGGGCUUCACUGGAAUUGGCGCUGGACCAUCGCAGCUGGUACCCUCGGGAUGGUACUCGUCGAUGGCUUUGUCGUAUUCUUCACCAUCUGGGACGUCGUGCGUAACCAGUGGUUCUUCAAUGGAGUGGGGCUGGCCGAGGAAUUUCCCCAUGGCCUCCGCUUUAUCGUUUCCACGUAUGUGGCCGUGGAAAUCGCCGAUAAGGGCAACGAAGGAGCCACGUACGGCCUGAUCUCCACUGUGAGUAAUCUCUCGGGGCCCUUUGCCAGCAUCUUUUACAAGUAUGUUAACUCGUUCUUCAAAGUACGUCAGAAUGACGUCAAGUCCGACACGCUCGAGGUGCGGUGGGACGUCACGUACGUCUACUUUAUUUCGUAUGGGUCCAAGAUCGCGUCGUUGUUUUGGCUGUUCUUGCUGCCUCCCCAAAAGGCAGAAGUGAAGGCCCUGAAGGCGCGCGGUGGCAAGAGCAAAGUGGCGGGGUUCAUUCUCGUGUCCUUGUUUUUCUUCUGCGUGUCGUUCACCGUGUCCAGCAACAUCAUGUCCAUCUUCCCUUCCACCAAGUGCUACCGUAUCGCAGGGGGCAACGGAGUGUUGGACCCCAACACGGGCAAGUGCCCCCUCAAGUAGAAAAAGAUGUCUUGCAUUUUGAAGUAGCGUAUAAUGUAC